AUGGUGCAGACUGUGACCUUGAAUGAGGCAACACUCGUUGAGUGCAUGGCUAAAUUUGUCACAGAAGACUUAAGGGCUCUCAACGGAGAGACCAGUUGGUGGCAUCAGCGAGUCAGAUUAGUCGAACAUUGGCUACGUGAUGAAACGAGUCGAGUUAUCAUGCCUAGUGAUGGAACAGAAGAGAUGAUUCGAAGGCACAUUCAGCGCGGAGACUCACAUCCACAAGCUCAGUGCAAGUGUUGGAAAUACAUAGUUAUGGAGCUGCGGGAUCUGACGUGCUUUGCAGGACUUGAUAAAAAGUCAGAAAGCCUAGACUGUAUUGCACCAAGUCCGAGUCGCGGGAAACUGCGACCUGGAAAGGACCUUAUUGUCCUUGAUGAUGAAAAAUGCACUGAAAGCAGCAGUAGUGCAAGCGUUCAUGGUGAUAACAAUGUGAAUAACAAUUUAGCGUCUUCUUGGUCCUUGGAACCGCUUGAUUCCGAAGGCAAACAUUCCGUGGCAUUGAAGAGACCUCGACCCAUUUCCAGCAUUGGAUAUAUGUCACGCCGCGAAGUCGGUAUCGACACACUGGCGGUUGGAAAAAGAUUUGCUGAAAUGUCUUUAUUAGAGCGACAGGUUGAGUGGCUUCGAAAAAAGCAAGAAAAAACAGAGGCUGAGCGUCUUCGGCAAACUGCGGAAAAUGAGCGGGAGCUUACGUUUCGACCGAAGCUCAUUCGUCGCAUCACAUACUCGGGUGACAAAUAUUUUCGAGAUUCCCAAAGUGCGCUUCCUAGUAGCCGGUCUAUCACGCGGAGUGAAAGCAGUCGGAAUUUAGGAGAAACCAGGGAAGGUUUGUUAAAAGAACGAAUCAUGCCCAAAGUACCGCGGCUUUCUACACAAAAGCGAUUUCGAAAAAAAACGGCUCUCCAGAUUGCAUCUCAAUUCCAGCCUGUGGAAGUGCCGUGCAAGCUUUUAGAUUGCAUGAAGUUAGAGUUGCAGGCAUCGCUAGUAUCUAGUCGAAAAACAGAAAGUGAAAUCGAACUUGCAGCUUCUGAGGGAAAUAAUGCCGUUUAUAUAGGCGCGGAUGACAUGUCAUCGCAUGAAGGCAAUGACGAGGAACUACAGGUACUAGAUAAUGUAUCAAAGGAAUCGAAGCCUGAAGAAAAUGUUCCUGCAUGGAGCGGUGAGCCGAAAAUUGGAGGCAGGCGCGCGGAUCUUGACUCAAGUGAAACGAAAGUUCGAUUGAUACUUCAAGAUGCAUCCGAAUUCGAGCUUAGCACAAUGUAUCGCAAGACAGAUCGCAAAGCAGGACGAGAUGGUGUGGCGCUACACGUCGGUCGGAGGGAAGACACGUUGGAGGAACAAGUGAUUGCUGUGCUCUUUGAUCGCGAAAAAGUGACCGAAGAAGAGGCUGAGCGAUGGUGGGCGGACCACCAGCAUCGUUUUGCUGGAUACAUCAAACCAAAGCAAAGUGAUGGAUAA